AUCAGAAGUGUUACUUCAACUAUAUCAGUCUCUUGUGUUACAUAAAACUAUUUGUGUUAUUAGGGAUAAGCAUGAAGUAUGACAGCAUAAAUUGUAUUUGUACAGUUUUUGGGUUUGAAGGAGUUGGGUACUGAGGGGUUAUGAAAGAAUUCUGCAUUUAUUUUUACAGAGAAGGGUGGAGAUUAUGUAACGAAAAGGUAAUACAAUAUGCUAUUACUGUAAAAAAAAGACAGUAAAGGGGGUUUUGUGAAUUUUGCUAAUUCUGCAGCAGCAAACAUCAAUGAGACAGCAAAGGCCCGGGAUGGAGGAACCAGACAAGGAAGCAAUGGCUACUGCUGUGCAGCGAGUAGCUGGGAUGCUGCAGAGACCGGAUCAACUGGAUAAGGUGGAACAAUAUCGCAGAAGGGAGGCUCGUAAGAAAGCUUCCGUGGAGGCCAGACUAAAGGCUGCUAUCCAGUCCCAACUUGAUGGUGUGAGAACUGGCUUAAACCAACUUCACAAUGCAUUAAAUGAUGUGAAGGACAUCCAGCAGUCUUUGGGAGAUGUCAGCAAGGACUGGAGGCAGAGCAUUAAUACCAUUGAAAGCCUGAAGGAUGUAAAAGAUGCAGUGGUACAGCACAGCCAGCUAGCAGCUGCUGUAGAAAAUCUCAAGAAUAUCUUCUCAGUGCCAGAAAUAGUGAGGGAGACAAAUAAUCUCAUUGAACAAGGAGAGCUUCUGGAAGCUCACCGCAAGCUGAUGGAUCUUGAAUGCUCUCGGGAUCAUCUUAUGUACGAACAAUACCGCAUGGACAGCAAAAACACACAUGACAUGAAUCUUAUCCAAAACUACUUUGGCAAAAUUCAACAGCUGUCUGAGGAGUUGGCUAAACAGCUGUGGAUGGUCAUAGAAAGGUCCAUAGUCACUGUACGUAGAGAUCCCACUUUACUUGUGUCAGUUGUUCGCAUCAUAGAGAGGGAGGAAAAGAUUGACCGUCGAAUGACGGACAGGAAAAAGCAGUCUGGUUUCAUCCCACCUGGAAGGCCAAAAAGAUGGAAGGAGAAGAUGUUUGAAGUUAUGGAGAAAACUGUAGUGACUAGAAUCGAGGGAAGCCAAGCUGACACAAGGGAGUCUGAUAAAAUGUGGUUGGUGCGCCAUUUAGAAAUCAUACGUCGAUAUGUGCUAGAUGAUCUAGUCAUUGUGAAAAAUCUGAUGGUGCAGUGUUUUCCUCCACAUUAUAACAUAUUUAACAAGGUGUUAGCCUUGUACCACCAAGCAUUGUCCUCUCGUAUCCAGGAAUUGGCAAUAGAAGAGUUGGAAGCUAAUGAGAUUGUGAGUCUCCUCACCUGGGUAUUAAACACCUAUCAAAGCUCGGACAUGAUGGGAAAUAUAGAUCUAAUUCCGGAGGUGGAUGUGAAAUCUAUGAAGCCUCUUCUGUCUCAAGAAGUUGUGGACCGCCUUCUUCAAAAGUAUAUGGCAACUUUCAAAUCCAACAUCAUUGGCUGGUUGAGAAAAGCAAUAGAGACAGACAGAAAGGACUGGGACAAGAAUACAGAGCCAGAAGCUGACCAGGAUGGGUAUUACCAGACCACACUACCAGCCAUCGUUUUCCAGAUGUUUGAGCAAAAUCUGCAGGUGGCUGCGCAAAUUAGUGAAGAAUUGAAAAACCAGGUUUUACUCUUGUGCCUCCAGCAGAUGAAUACAUUUCUAAACAGGUACAAAGAGGAAGCACAGCUGUAUAAAGAAGAGCAUUUGAAGAAUCGCCAGCUUCCUGCCUGCUACGUUCAGUAUAUUAUUGCCAUUAUCAACAACUGUCAAACCUUUAAAGAAUCCAUAGUUAGUCUGAAAAGAAAAUAUAUGAGACAUGAAGACGAUGUGAUACCACCAAGUCCUUUAACCAUGGACUCUACACUGGACCUCAUAGCCAAGGAUGGGUGCAGCAGCCUGCUAGAUGAAGUGUUUCUGGACCUGGAGCAACAUCUCAAUGAUCUGCUGACACGAAAAUGGCUUGGAGGAUCAAAUGCAGUAGAUACCAUUUGUGUCACCGUUGAAGAUUAUUUUAAUGACUUUGCGAAAAUAAAGACUCAUUACAAGCAGGAUAUGACUAUAAAAGCCCACAGGAAGGUAGUAACGGAGUAUAUUAAAGCAAUAAUGCAGAAGCGCAUUUCCUUUAGGAAUGCAGAAGAGCGAAAAGAGGGAGCUGAGCGGAUGAUCAAGGAAGCCGAGCAAUUUAAAUUCCUGUUUAAGCGUCUGACUUCAGGAUUUGGUGAGGAGACAGAUGGUCUGUGUAACACCAUUGUUGAUAUUGCAGAAGUUAUAAAGCUUACGGACCCUUCACUGCUUUAUCUAGAAGUAUCUACUCUGGUGUCUAGAUAUCCAGAUCUCAGAGAUGACCACAUAGCUGCUUUACUUGCUAUAAGAGGGGAUGCCAGUAGAGAAAUGAAGCAAACCAUUAUAGAGACCGUGGAACAAAGCCAGAGACAACAUACCCCAAACUAUACACCAAUAUUUAAAGACAUCCUAGUCGGGGGUGCUCCAACAAUAAGCGUGCCAAAACUUCUUAAGUAAUGCUGUGGCCUACAUGUUCUUGUUUCACUAUGGAUUUCAUACAACAUGCUUUGUAUCUUGCGGUACUUAAGGAUACCUUUUUUGUCUGGUAUUUUCAUUCUGUUAAAGUGCAGAAUUUUAAGAACUUGUGCUUCUUAAUACAGCUGUUUUUUAAAAUUUACAUUUUUAACCAGUCUCAUGUUUAAGAUAGACUAGUACUUAUAACCUUAUUGUAUCAAUCCUCUGACUGACACCUGCAUGAGUACUUCUGAAGACACAUGAUCAUGUAGAGCAGGGAUGACUAAUAUUUUAGGCCACAUAUACAUUUAAAGGGACAUGAAACCCAACAUUUUUAUUUCAUGAUUCAGAUAUCCAAUUUCCAAUUUACUUCUAUUAUUUCAUUUGCUUAUUUCUCUUGUUAUCCUUUUGCUGAAAUGUUUAUCUAGGAAAGUUCAUGUGCAGCGGAGAACCUAGGUUCUAGUCUUUGGUGGCUGCAUGUAUAAAGUGAUUGUCAUUGGCUCACACAUGUGUUCAGUUAGAAACCAGUAGUGCACUGCUGCUUCUUCAACAAAUGAUACACAAGAGAAUAAAACAGAUUAGAUAAUAGAAGUAAAUUAGAAAGUUGUUUAAAAUUGUAUUCUCUAUCUUUUUUUGGGUUUCAUGUCCCUUUAAGCCUAUUAAACACACAAACAAUAUAUUUCCUUAAAAUAUAGGUUGGCACCAGACCAGAGUAGGCUAAGGUUUUUGCUGUUUUCCCGCUUCAGACUGGUUGAGUUAAUGCCACUGGAAUCUCCAAAGUAUAGUUAGCUCUACAUUUUCUUAGGACCACAAAAAUGAUGACAUGCAUGCAUUUUUUCCUGGGGACCACAAAACUUGUGCAGAGGGCUGUGUGUGUCCCUUGACGUGCAACUUGACGCAACAAGACGGCUUUGAUGUAGACAGAGUACCAUUUUCAUGUUAUGUCAAAAUCUGUUAAUAUAUUAUAAAAAAUUAUGUUUUAAUUUGCUUUAUUUAAACAAAAUUGAAUUUGUUCAAAAUAAUAUAACACAAGCUUCUUUUGUGUUGUUCACUUUAUAUUUUCAAAACUCUCAAAUUUGAAUAUGCCUUUCUAUCUAAAAUCUUUUAUAGGUCAUUUUGUUUAUUUUUUAUUUAUUUUUCUGAACCUGCCAAAAACAAACACACAAUAUUUUAGUACUAUCAGAUAAACUAUUGGGAGAAAAAUGUAAAUCAUGUGUAUUUUUUUCCCCAACCAUUGUCUUAAAAAAAAACCUGAAUGCCUUCCAACAGAAUGGCUAAAUGAAGCUUAAUUUGGUUGAUAGCCUUCUUGCUUGUGUUUAAUCAUAAUAUCUCAGUGCUUAUAAUUGAGAUUUGGCAUUCUAUAGAAGGUGAGAUAUAAAUUUGUCUCCAAGUAUUGUGUUAUGAGAUUUGGCUGAUAAUCAAGGUAUAUGAUCUACACAACAUAUUACAGCAGCUCAUUUUGGAAAUAAUAGUAAAUUAAUAUUUUCUUUGGCUGUGAUAGACAAUUGAUGCGCCUUUCAACAAUGGGUAAUUAUUUUUGCAGCUCACUUAGUAUAUGACAGCAGUUGUAAAUAAUGUCAGAACUUGUUUAUCAUCAUCUUAUAUAUGUUCACAUUUAUAGGUCAGCAGAACUUUGUCUAGACUGGUUUCUAAGAGAAAAAAAUGUCACUUGUACCCUUGUUCUCUGCUGAUGAUUGUGCAACUACUUAAAGGGACAUUAAACACAAAAAAAUACCAGAUAGAAUGAUGCAUUCAAAGAAAAGAUUAGUCUGAAAAUAACAUGUAGAUUCAUUUUUUAAAGUUUCAUUAGCUGUUUAAAUAUUGACAAAAUAAGUGUAAAGUUUUUGUGUCUAUAAAACAAUGGGAUCUGCCAUGUUAUAACUUAGGCUACCUUCUCUGCUGUGGCCAAUUAGGGACAGUUAUUAAUAGGUCUCUAGAGGGUGCAGCCAAUGGCUGUGUGGAAUAAAACAGUGUUCUGCACUUCCAUUUCUUACAGGAACUGAAAAGCAAUUUCAGAGAUGAAUUACAGAAAAAGGGGACAAAAUAAACAGUGAAAGCAUAUUGUAGAGUGUGUGUAUAUAUAUAUAUAUAUAUAUAUAUAUAUAUAUAUAUAUAUAUAUAUAUAUAUAUAUAUAUAUAUAUAUAAAAUGUAUCAUUUUAUAUUACCAUCUCAAGGUGUUUAAUGUCCCUUUAAGAUUUGUGAUCUGGGCAACAAAUUCUUUUAACAGUAUUCUAUCACUCAGUUGUCAAAUACACCCAGUUUCUUUCUCAUAGUACUAUUUUGCACCCGCUGUUUCUUUUAUGUCCCCUUAUUACCCUUUGUGUAUAUGCACAGCGUUCAUUUUAUUUUUUUCUUGGCCACUGAUCUUAUUGAUGUGAUUUCUUUCUCUUUUAUGGACUGUAAAUUAUUGUUGAUUCAAGGUGAAUAAAAACUGUUUUCAAAGCGA